AUGUCUUCAUCGCAGCCUUUUGUGCCUUCGUCGCCCAUCACCCGCGCCGGCGCCAGGAAGAAGUCGCGGUUUACAUUCAAACAUCUCCAUCUCCUCAGCCAAUCUUCAACCUCGUGCCCGUUGAGAUGCAUCGCCCUGAUCGACUACGACGCCUUCUACGCCCAGUGUGAGAUGGUGCGACUGGGCGUCUCCGAGACCCAACCGCUGGCUGUACAGCAGUGGCAGGGGCUCAUCGCCAUCAACUAUCCCGCCCGGGAGUUUGGCUUGAACCGGCACGCCACAGUCACCGAGGCAAGGUCUAAGUGUCCGCAGAUUGUGAUCCAACAUGUCGCGACGUGGCGCGAAGGCGACGACAAGUGGGCAUACCGCGACGACGCCGCAAAACACAUCCAGACGGACAAGGUUUCGCUAGAUCCGUACCGUCUGGAAUCGAGGAAAAGCCUGGCCCUCAUCAAGGAGAUCCUGCCUCCUCCGCCAAUCCAACGUGUGGAGAAGGCUAGCAUCGAUGAGGUCUUUCUGGACCUGUCGGCUCAAAUCCACCAGAUCCUGUUGGAAAGGUAUCCCGAACUCCAGUACGCGCCCUACGAUGAUCCGACGGAGAAUCUUCCCUUGCCGCCGUCCACAGCUCUGAACUGGGAGGCAGACGCACUGGUGGAUCUUGAUUCCACAGAGACGGAGGACGACGAUCCGGACUGGGACGACAUUGUCAUGAACAUAGGCUCCGAGAUCGUCCGGGACGUGCGGAAGACAAUUCGAGAGAGGCUGAAGUACACCUGCUCGGCCGGCAUCGCGCGCAAUAAGAUGAUGGCCAAGCUCGGAGCUGGAUACAAAAAGCCCAAUCAACAGACCAUUGUCCGCAACCGGGCGGUGCAGCAUUUCCUGUCGGCUUUCAAAUUCACAAAAAUCCGGAAUCUGGGCGGCAAACUCGGUGAUCACGUCGUGGACACGUUCAACGUGGACGACGUCACGGAUCUACUAAAGAUUCCUCUCGAACAGCUCAAGUCCAAGCUGGGAGACGACACCGGAACGUGGCUCUACGGAACUAUCCGUGGGGAGGACAACAGCGAAGUCAGUUCGCGCACGCAGAUCAAAUCAAUGCUGUCUGCCAAAUCCUUCAGACCUACUAUCAAUACGACGGAGCAGGCAAAUAAAUGGCUAAGGAUCUUUGUAGCAGACAUCUAUGCUCGCUUAGUUGAAGAAGGCGUGCUUGAGAACAAGAGGAGACCCAAGACCAUUACUCUGCAUCACCGGCAAGGCGGACAGACGAGAUCAAAACAGCUGCCCAUACCAGGAGGCAAGAAGAUCGACGAGAUGGCCCUUUUCGAACUUGCAAAAACCUUGCUUGGACAGGUCGUUGUUGACGGGAGAGCGUGGCCGUGCGCGAAUCUGUCGCUAAGCGUUGGGGGUUUCGAAGAGGGGGUGUCAGGGAAUAAAGGUAUCGACACGUUCCUCCUAAGAGGGGAUGAAGCCAGGGCUGCCAUGGAUGUCCCACACCGCAGUCACACUGCAACACCGGAUUUUGAUGAAGGCCGGCCUGAGAAGCGGCGAAAGCUGGACGAAGGUCCUCCUAGCAUUGCCCGCUUCUUUUCCAAAGGCGAGAGCACCGAGGAAGGUGAAGCUGAACCCCAAGCUCAUAUCGUGGAGGAGGACAUCGGCGGACAGGGUGGCGACGAAGAGAAGAAACUCCGAGGAAACAGCCAUCCUCCACCUCCAUUAUACCAACAAGAUAUCACCACUUACUUCUGUCAGUCUUGCCAGAAGUCGAUCAACGAAACCGAGCGAGGUGAGCAUGAAGACUGGCAUUUUGCCAAAGACCUUCAAGCCGAGGAUACGCUCUCCGUGACAGGCCCGACAAAUAGUCGUCCACCCGGCCAGGUCAAUACCAAGUCGAAGCGCGGCGCUGCGAGUAGUAGUCGAGGGCGCACCUCCAAGGUUGAGAAGGGUCAGAGUCGCCUUGCUUUUGGAUAG